AUUGGGAGAAGGUCAAAUGACUCCGCAUGUCUGCUUCUGUGUACAACAUCCCGCUAUGGUGCACGGCCGAUGAAGAAACAACUCCAGCGCGAAUCCACUUCAGAUUUGAUUGUGCGCGAGGUUUUAAGUGGAAUGUCUCUGUGAAAGUUUGAAAAGUGGACUUCAGACUGUGAUCUCACUGAGCAGGAGAGAAGACUCUGCCAACAUGUUCAGCACCAAAAGACUUAAGAAGAAGUCUCAAUCGGUGGAUAUUGGCAGCCAGGGUUUCUCCCCGACUUUGGUGCCAGCCUCGCCCCUCAAUAGGACGGCAUCUCCUGUUGCCAAGACGCAUGCAGUGCAGGAGAAUAACACCACCAACUCUCAGAGACGCAAUCCCAAGGUUGGAGAGCUGAAGAGGGGAUACACUAUAGAUACCGGCCAGAAGAAGACCCCCGAGAAGAAAGAUGGGAGGCGCAUGUCGUUCCAGAGACCCAAAGGCACCAUUGAGUAUUCUGUGGAAUCGCGGGACACGUUGAACAGCAUUGCACUCAAGUUUGACACCACGCCCAACGAGCUGGUUCAGCUUAACAAGCUUUUCUCCAGAGCAGUGGUGCCUGGCCAGGUCCUGUACGUUCCUGAUCCCGAGUACAUCUCCAGUGUUGGAAGUUCCCCCUCCCUCAGCCCCAUCAGCCCUUUAUCCCCCACAUCCCCUGAAGCUGAUUUAGACAAAGUAACGGACUCUGAUGGCCCACCCAGACCAGAAGGGGUCCAUCCGCCCGUGUUUUCAGCUCUGCGUCAGUCCAGAGUGGUCUCAUCCACCUCCGAAGAGGAAGAGGCUCUCACAGAGAAGUUCCUCAAGAUCAACUGCAAAUACAUUACUGAUGGAAAAGGUGCAGUGAGCGGAGUGUUGUUGGUGACACCCAACAACAUCAUGUUUGACCCCCACCGGAUGGAUCCGUUGGUGCAGGCCCAUGGGUGCGAAGAAUACGGCAUCAUGUGUCCGCUGGAGGAGGUGCAGUCGGCCGCCAUCUUUAAAGAGAUCACUGACCCCAAGAUCAGGGACACCGUACCUGAUGACCUGGAGCCACUGCCCUCAGAGAGACACCCAUCGCAGCAGAAGGAAUUGGAGCCGCGCCUCAGGGAACCAGGGGCCAAUGAUGGCAGUGGUAGCACGGCCCCGCGCAGCACUGAGGGGUCCAUCUCUGAGGAUGUCUUCACUGAAUCUGAGCUGUCCCCUAUCCGCGAGGAGGAGCUGGUGUCCAACGAAGACCUGCACAUGGACAAGUCCUCGGGCGCAUCCACUGAGUCUGUGCAGACCGUGACCCAGGUGGAGACCCCUAAAGCAGAAACACCUAAAGCAGAAACACCUAAAGCUGAAGAAGCGGACUCUCAGGUUGGCGGCAAUGGCCAAGCUUCUGGAUCUGUCUCCCAGGUGACGGAAGAGGCCACACCCCCAGUCGAGACAACCCCCGCCCCUGCAGAGGACAAUCCACCAGACACUGCCACUGAAAACCAGUCAGCCAUGGGAUCUAAGCAGCACAGUGUAGAACAGGCACCAAGCACACCUACUACCACCAGCACUACCACCACUAGCCAAGAGCUGGAUCCCAGCAACAGCCACUCUCACCCAGUGUCUCAAAGCUCUGUCCCUAACCCCACAGGUGCUCCAGAUAGCUCCACAACCACUGCUGUCCCAUCCAGUCCAAAGGAGACAGUCGUCUCCAAAACAGACACUAUGCAACAGGACAAGGAGAGGAAGGGGAGUGGAGAAGAGACGCAAAAGGAUGGAUCGCAGGAAUCAAGAGAGGGCUCAGUGUCGACAGAGAAGAGGAAGCAGCGUUCUCACAAGUUUCUGUGUCUGCGAGUGGGGAAGCCCAUGAAGAAGACGUUUGUGUCCAAUGCCAGUGCGUCCAUGCAGCAGUACGCUCAGCUGGGCAAGAAGCAUGAGUACUGGUUUGCUGUGCCUCAAGAAAGGUCGGACCACCUGUACGUCUUCUUCAUGCAGUGGAGUCCGGACAUGUAUGGGGAGGGUGUUCGAGGAAUGGGACAAGAACCUGGUUUUAUGGUCAUUAAGAAAAACGAGGCCUCGCAAAGUUCUGAAGACGAUCCCAUCACAGACCUCAAUGUCAAAGAGUGGGAGGUAGUGUCUCUGACGGAGUACCACCGUCGAAUUGAUGCACUAAACAGUGAAGAUCUGCGCUCACUCUGCAAACGACUCCAGAUCACCACCAAAGAAGAGGUCAACUCCAAACAUGGCCCGUCCAUCAAGGCCGAGCUGGAGCCUGAAACAUUCAAACCUAAUCUCAAGGAGCCCAGUGACCUCCUGGAGGCGGACCAGAUAGAGAAGCUUGCCAAGAAUCUCCCACCCCGGACCAUUGGGUACCCAUGGACGCUGGUCUUUGGCACGGCAAAGCAUGGCAUGAGCAUUAAGACUCUGUACAGAGCCAUGCAGGCCCAGGACACUCCUGUACUGCUAGUGAUCAAAGACAGCGAUGGCCAAGUCUUUGGUGCAUUGGCAUCGGAACCCUUUAAAGUCAGUGAUGGCUUUUAUGGCACUGGAGAAACCUUCCUGUUCACGUUCAACCCAGAGUUUGAGGUGUACAAAUGGACAGGUGACAACAUGUUCUUCAUCAAAGGCGAUAUGGACUCUUUAGCAUUUGGAGGAGGGAGUGGUGAGUUUGGCUUGUGGCUGGAUGGCGACCUGUACCAUGGUAGGAGUCACUCUUGUAAAACAUUCGGGAAUCCCAUGCUCUCGAAGAAGGAGGAUUUCUAUGUGCAGGACAUAGAGAUCUGGGCAUUUGAAUAACCCCACCAUGCACCACAGGGAAAUUAAAAACAAAGACCUGUUAAGGGCAAAAUAAAGGAGUGUGUCUCCUUUUUUCGAACAAUGGCAACGUCCCAAAACCUGCACAUCUCCAGGGCUCCCGGUGGUCGGAAGCCAGCUAACGGAUGCUUGUUGUGCAUUACUACUGCAGUUACUCUGGAGCUUUUAUUUUUUUCUUUGUGAAAAAUACCUAUGUGUGUAUCUUGUUACCGCCUUGUGCAGCGUCUUUGCAGGGUAGUGUGGCUAAAGAAGGCCUGACGAUGGUACAGACAGACAGGCCUCAGGAAAUGCCCACCAGAGCUGUUCUCCACUCCAUUUGUGGGGGAGUGGAUAGUUUUGGACAGAAAAAAAAACAACAACAACCGGCAACCCUGGUCCAGAAACUCAAGGACUCGCACCUCUCAAAACGCCCUUAGACAUGUGUGUUUCAGUAGGAUGUUACUCACUGUGCUGCAGACAGAAAGCCAAGAUAACAAAAACACAUUCCAUUAAUGUCAAUGAUGGAGUGUCAGUGAUUUGUGGUAAAACGGAGACAUCAGAGGCAGCAGCCGGAUGCAGUGCCUCUAGAGUCUAUGUCGCUCUGGGCGCACCAGUCUUUCUCCCGUAUAGUUUUGGGUUGUGUUCUGAGGCUAAACUAUUAGUAUUGUGUAUUGUAGUCCUCCUGUUGUUCACUGUCAUAGCACACCAUCUGAAAGCACAUAGCUAUAAUCGGAUCACCCAUCGUCGUCGUUCUGUUCAGUGGGUGUACGUGUGAGUCCAGCUAACACCAGCUCCUGUCCGGACGCUGGCUGUACUGUUUGUAGACAGUAACGUGUUGCAAUAGAUUUGUGGAAUAUGCAAAUAACUGUCCUGUGACCUCAAAUACACAGGUGGGGCAUUUGUGCCUCUCCUGUCGCUCUCCAGAGAGACACUUGUAAAGCUUUUAUGUCUUAUACACAAUUGCUUUUCUGGGUAUAAUUUGAAAAGCCUGAGACAUGGUUAACUUGUUUUUCAUGCAUAUAUGACAAUUAUAUAUUGGUAUAUAUGAUUAUAUAGCACUUAUAUAAUCAUAUAUAUAUUUGCUGUUAUGUGUGACAGUGAUCUAUUUGUGCUGAAAUUUCAGCUGUUACAAUAUCAUGUAUAUUACCCUGUAAAUUAAUGUUAUAAUAGUAGAUUUGUUCCGAAUAUAUAUAUAUAUAAAUAAUAAUUCUAUAUAAAUAUAUAUAUAUAUAAAAGUGUGGAUUGGUGGGUUGCUUCUAGCACUUUAAUCUGGUUUAACAACAUCAAGGCCAGGUUGUUAGAUUUCUCUUUAGCAGUAGCUGUACAAUACUUUUUUGUUUAGGUCAUUAAGAUGUUAACUGUUAGUAGAAAGCUUGCUGCUACAAUAUCAAUAAGGGUUUGCCCUAACGCUCUGUGUCUCUGUGAGGAUGCUGAGGUGAGAGGGUGGCGUAUUGGUCUUGUCAUGGGCCAGUCUUCAGACGGGUAGGAAUGCAGGCAGACCGACCUCUGACAGGUGGACUGAACAGUGGAGCCCCCUGCUGGUCUUCCAUGCCUGUAUUUACGUCCAUGUGAAGAGAGAGAGUCACUAAGAAUAAUAUGGAUAAUUCUUCCAAUGAUUUCACCAGAAUACCAUGUACCAGUGAUGUAUAAAGAAACCAAUAAAGUUGAAUUAAUUGUUGUAA